UUUAACUGUUCUCACUCGUCUCUUCUUAACUAAACUAAGCCGAAAACAGAAACUCCAGUUUUUUUUUUUUUUCUCUUUCUCAAAUGGAGAAGAAUAAGGACCAGGCAGUUAUUAUGUCGGAGAAUAAUAAUAACAAUAAGGCUCAAGAUCCAAAUCCGAGAUUUGCUAGCGAAGGUUGCAGCGUUUUGCUGGACGUGAACGAUGGUGACCGUCUCGUCUUCGCUCGUCUCUCUGGUGGCGCUGUAUUAAAGAUAGGGAAUAAGAAUUACUCGUUAAAGCCACUGAUCGGAGCUCCGUUUGGAUCUCUCUUCCAAGUAGAAACCGGAGAAGAUGGCUCUUUCCUCUCUCGUAUCCUUCCCGUCAAAAAGGAAAGUAGCAGCAAUAAUGUUAUCGACGAUGCUAGAGAUAAUAGGGAACUUAUUGAUAAUAAUGAAGCUCAGAACCUCACUGGUGAAGAGAUUGAAGCUAUGCGGAGAGAGGGUGCAAAGGGGGAUGAGAUUAUUGAAGCACUGAUUGCAAACAGCAAAACGUUUGACCAGAAGUUUCAGUUGUCUCAGGAAAAGUAUAAGCUUAAGAAGCAGAAGAAGUAUGCUCCAAAGCUGCUUCUAAGACGCCCUUUUGCUCGAAGUAUCUGUGAAGCUUAUUUCAAGAAAUAUCCAAACAGAAUCGGAUUCUUAAGAGUAGAUGCGUUGUCUCUUUUGUUAACGAUGGCUAAUGUCACUGCGUACUCGGAUGUUCUUGUGGUGGAUAUGGUUGGUGGCCUUGUCACUGGUGCAGUGGCUGAACGAUUAGGAGGCACUGGUUAUGUUUGCAACACAUAUAAAGGAAACUCUCCUCCCUCUGUGGAGAUGGUUAGGAUGUUCAAUUUUACUGACAAGGUUAUAGAGAGGAUCGUGCAGUCAUCUAUAAACGAGCUCUCAUCAGCCAAAACUGUUUCCCCUGAAGAGAACAAUCAUCAAGAAGGAGUUCACCCAUCUACAUCUGAUAUGGUAGAAGGCACACCUGUCACAGCUGAGGCCAGAGUAGUAGUAGAUGAUGUUGUUUUAGAGAGCAAAAUUGUCAAGGCCCCAAAAGCUGGAGCCAAGGCUUCAAAAGAAGCAAUAGAAAUGUGGAAAGAAAACGGUUUCUCUAGUUUAAUCAUGGCAGCACAAGACCAAGACCCAUGGGCCCUAGCUAAAGAUGUGUUGCCACUGCUCUCUUACUCUGCUCCCUUUGCAAUAUAUCAUCAGUAUCUACAGCCUCUGGCGACAUGUAUGCACAACCUUCAGCAAGGGAAGAUGGCCAUCAAUCUGCAAAUAACAGAACCGUGGCUACGCGAAUAUCAGGUGCUUCCAUCAAGAACUCACCCUCACAUGCAGAUGAGCUCUUUUGGAGGCUAUGUUCUUAGCGGCAUCAGGAUCUCCACCACUUGAAUCUUAUCUCCAAAACCUCUCCAAACCUCUUUUUUAUCUCUUUAUCAUUUUCAAUAAGACUGAGGUUUGGUUUUUGAUCGUUUUUUCCAAAAGGUCUUUGUAUUUUGUUUGUUGUUGAGAUAUAUAGGGGAUGAGAUUAUAUUAAAACAUUCAUGUUAUGACUCUUAAUGUUUAUUUUUAUCUAAUAAUAUCGUCAUCAUCAUUCUUAUCA